AAAGUUUUGACAGUUCACAGAAACGUCAUUAGAAAGCGCGUCAGAACGAGUUUCUUUUCGGGCUUAGAAAUUGUUUUUCUGAGUUUCGUAAUACAAAUAAUUAACUGUAUUUCUCUCUGAAAUGUCCGGCGAUAGUUUACUAAUAGUAAAAUGUCGGAUUGGUAUUGGCGGGUCAUCGCUUUAAAGGCAGCUUUUCUUCUUACGUUCAUAACUUCAUAUAUCAGGGCCGAUGAUACUGUACAGAAGUUACCUUUUUGUAAUCCUCACACCACGAAUGAUCAGUCGGCCACUAACGACUUAGUGCUAGUGAGCACUCUAGAUGGCCGACUCACAGCAUUCAUUACAAGCAGCGGAGCCAAAGCCUGGGAUGUAGAGACACAGCCCCUCCUCUCCUCCAAUCUACACCAUGUUGAGCUAACUUCAGGAGGUAAAUGGGUGCGACUAGUGCCGUCCCUCCGAGGGACCCUGUACAGCCUCAGCGGGGACACUGUGGAGCCGCUGCCCUUCGACGCAGACCAGCUGCUGUCCUCCUCCUUCAAGUACUCCGAUGACCUGGUGGUGGCCGGCGGUCGCGAGUCCCUCUGGCUCGGUCUAGACGCACAUUCCGGCGCAGUAGUCUACUCAUGCGGCACCCGCGGCUGCAGCGGCGAGCGCGACUCCGCGGGGCGCCGGCUGCUGGUGCUGAGGAGGCAUAGUAGUACUGUGAGGGCGUUGGAUCCGAGGACUGGCAGCGAGAAAUGGAACUUCAGCGUAGGUGAGCACCAGCUAGCCCUCAGCGGCGCGGAGUGUGCGUCGCAGGGCCCGCGCGGCGCCGACUACUCGAUAGGAGUGGCGUUACCAGAGGGCGUGGUGGCGCUAACCCAGCCGGACUCCAAGCUACUGCUGUGGCAGAAAAAGCUAGAAGCCCCCAUAGCCGGCAUGUGGCGCCUCCGCGGCGGCGCGCUACAGAGCAUGGACGUGCUGUGGGCCGCCACCAAGACGCUCAGCGCCGACACCUUCAUACAGACCACGCCGCCCUCGCUCUACAUCGGACUGCACGAGCAGCAGCUGUACAUCCAAGAAGGCCAGCUCUACGCUCAGAAGCUCGCUUCAACCGCCGUCUCAGCCCCCACCUCCCCCUGGCAGCUGAAGCAGCGGGCGCGGCUGCCUGGCCCCGACACCGCGCUGCAGGCCAUGACUGAUUCAGAUCCUAACACGCUGUCGCUUAUAACGCUGUAUGGGAACACUGGACAAGGUAAGUGAAGCAACGAAGGUUUCUUCCUCUACCAAGACGACACGUGUGACCAAGCCGUCCAGGUCACUGAGGAACUCAUCAACGAACAGACGGAGACUCCCACCACGGAGACAGAUGAUAGAGAGCACCAUCACAUACACGUGCAUGUGUACUCGCUGUGGUUUUGGUGGAAGGAGGUUAUACUUAUAGCUGUCAGUUCAGCCCUCCUCAUGAACCUGAUGAUAUGGCCUCGAUUCUUCGCGCCAAAACACGCUUUACUACCGCCCACGCCCGUACAUCAUUUAUCACGAGUAGUCCAAGUGCAUUACGAACAAACCCCAACCCCUCCCAGCCCGGAAUAUUCAGGGAGAUACGAGAAUGACUUUACGCCGCUCAGGUGCCUUGGCAAAGGAGGAUUCGGAGUGGUGUUUGAGGCCCGGAAUAAGAUCGAUCACAGAUCGUAUGCGGUUAAAAGGAUCACGCUGCCGAGAAGGGAAUCAAAACGCGAGCGCGUCCUACGCGAAGUUCGCGCUCUAGCCAAGUUAGAGCACGAGCACAUAGUGAGAUACUUCAACGCGUGGCUGGAGGAGCCGCCCGCGCACUGGCAGGAGACGCGGGACGCGCUGUGGAUGAGGGAACUGGAAGGCGUCUCCUCAGGCCUAUCAGACUGUGAGCCCUUAGUGAAGACAUCUCCGCGGGAGUCUCCUGCCAGAGGAGAUAGCGUCGUGCUCAACCUCCACAGAGAUGUGGACUACGAGGGGCAGCUGUCGGAGCCUUCGAAGAGAUUGAGAUCACUUAGCUGCAACGACUCUCUAAGCAUAGUGUUUGACGAAAACGCGUCAAAAGACCCAGACAUCACCACCAAGAGCCCUCUGAAAAGCUCUUUCGACGUCAUAAGUGAUCUCUCAAUGCCUUCAAAUCUAUCUAAAAACCUCGCUUCUGGCGAUAACGACGAUUCCUUCAUAGUAUUUGCUAACAGUGAAGAUCUGAAUCAUAAUUCGAAGGGUUUGUCAGAAGCUCGAGCUAACACUUCAGUCAAUAAGCCGUUGGAAAGAGUGAAGGAAUGCAAUGAGUUCACUAAGAUUGAAGCCAGCAGUAUUGAAAAGAAGAAAAAGAAAGGGCACACGCGUCACUGGUCCCUAGACAUGUGUGUGAAGAGUACAACCGACGACGUCAGAGUUCCGUCCAGUAAGAUGUAUCUGUACAUACAGAUGCAGCUGUGUAGGAGGGACAGUCUGCAUGAUUGGCUGAGGAAUAAUAGGACCUAUAGCUCUAGGGAGGGGAAAAUAAAGACGCUGUUCAGUCAGAUAGUCUCAGCCGUGGAGUACGUGCACCUGGCCGGCCUCAUCCACAGAGACCUCAAGCCGAGCAAUAUCUUCUUCGCUCCUGAUGGAAAGGUGAAGGUGGGUGACUUCGGGCUGGUGACGGCCAUGGCGGACAGCUCGCAGGACGGCGACGGGCCGCCGGACGCGCUUGACGUGCACCAGAGACAUACUUACAGAGUCGGCACGCACCUCUACAUGUCUCCGGAACAACUCCGCGGCCGCCGCUACAGCUACAAAGUGGACAUCUACUCACUAGGACUAGUCCUGUUCGAGUUACUCCAGCCAUUUGGAACAGAGGCCGAGCGAGUGAGGAGUUUAUUGGCGAUACGGGAGGGUGGAUGGCCGCAAGGGUUCUCAAGGAAUUUUAGCAAUGAGAUGGAAGUGCUAAAGCUGAUGCUGAGCGAGGACCCUAUGCGGCGGCCCACGGCGGCGGGCGUGCGGGCGCGCGCGCCGCUGUUCGAGCACACCGACGAGCGCUGGCACUUCACACUGCCCACACUCGUCAACGCGUAGGCAAUCUGAGCACACUCGUCAACUAGAGUGAAUUAUAUACUUGCAAUGGUAAACGCCUUAAUUUAACACUCAUAGUGAAUGAGUUACAAUGAUAAUUACCUAGAGUAAAACGUUUAUCUAACAGUCACGUUUAUUUUCUUAUUUAAACUAUAUUAGGCUGCGUUCCCAGUAGGUAAACUCUUUACUUACUAGACGCUGUUAGCAAUCUGAGCACUCUCGUCAACUAGAGUCAGCUAGUUACAAUGGUAUAUGCCUAGAGUUGAUACUCACGUUUAUUUUUCUUGUGUCAAAUAUGUUAGGCUGCAGUCCCAGUAGGCAAAGUAAAUAGCAUAGAGUCAGCUCAAAACUAGAAAAACGCCUGUAACUCAGCCGACGUCAAACAGUUUGCAUAUUGGGACCGCAGCCUUAUAUGCAAGAAAGUGUUAUGUAAAUGGAAAGAAAUAAACACAUUAGGCAGAUAGUGGGUAGUGGCUGGAUGGGGAAGGCCGAGGACCGAGUGUUCCAGACUCGUGAAGGUUUUUGAAAGUUCUAUGAGCAGCAGUGAAAGACUAAGGGCUGAUGGCUAAGGAGUUUUUUUUAACAAAAUAUCAUCAUUAUUAAUAGUACAUUGAUUUAACAAACAUAAGUAAAAGACAACAAACAGCUAGUAAUUUUAAUAGGUAGGUAUCUAAUUAUUAAUUAAUAUAAACUGGUUUACUUGCGUGCCUUAAAUAAUUAUAUUUUUAUGUAUCACUUUAAAUACAUUAUGGUAAGAUUGAUUUCACUUGACUGCAGCGA